AAUUUUCUGGGAUGCCUUGGGCGGAGUCUUCUCUUGGGAGCCCCUAUGUUGAUGGUCUCUUGGAGUGUGAAAUAGCUCAGGAACUGAUACUUAAAUAGCACCAGCCUCCUCCAGUAUCAGAGAGGGGCAAGCUGGGAAGACAGAGAGAAGGGCUUUGCCAUGAUCCAGGAGAAGUUGAUAGAGAUCCUGCCCAGGGAUGGAAUUUAUCCUCAGGCUGCUCUUGCUGUUGCCUGUGGCUCGGCAGCAGCAGUUGUGGUUUGGAAAUGGGUGGCCCGCAAAAGGAUUCUGCAGAAGAUGGAAGAGGCCAGGCAAUGGCGAGACGACAGCUUGGAACAAAUGGAAAAAAUGAUUUGGAAAUUUAAACAGAAGAACCCGGGAAUCCAGUCAGAAUUUAUUCUCUCCCUGUCGCUUGUGGAACUGGCAGAGAAACUUAGAGAGGAGACACUUUCUCCAGAAAGUGUCCUGUAUACCUAUGUAAAGAAGGCUCUUGAAGUGACCCAGGAGGUGAACUGUGUGACUGAUUUUAUUCACGGCUGUGAGGAACAGCUCCAGGAAGUGAAGAAGCAAAAGGAGAAAGGCCUGCUGUAUGGGAUUCCUGUCAGCAUUAAGGACCACAUUGGAUGCAAGGGCCACAUCUCCACGUGUGGGUUGGUGCACUUUCUCGGCAAAGUGGAAAAGGACGACAGCGUGAUAGUAAAAGUUUUGAAGAAACAGGGGGCAAUACCAUUUGUGAAGACCAACACUCCCCAAAGCAUGAUUAACUAUGACUGCAGCAACUUAAUCUUUGGUCAGACAAUCAACCCCCUGAACCACAAGAAAAGUCCUGGUGGUUCCUCUGGAGGGGAAGGGGCACUCAUUGCAGGAGGAGGGUCCCUCUUGGGCUUUGGGACAGACGUCGCUGGAAGCAUUCAGCUCCCAUCAAGUUUCUGUGGGCUUUGUGGACUCAAACCAACUGGUAAUCGACUCAGCACACUUGGUCUUGCUAGCCCUAUUGCUGGCAUGAAGUCGGUUACAGCAACAAUUGGCCCAAUGGCAAGGGAUGUGGACAGCCUGGUUCUGUGCAUGAAGGCGCUCCUGUGUGAUGAGUUAUUCUCCCUUGAUCCUUCAAUACCACCUAUGCCAUUCAGAGAGGAGAUAUACAGCAGUUCAAAGCCCCUACGGAUUGGAUACUAUGAAGAUGAUGGCUAUUUCCAGCCAUCUCCCAGCAUGAGGAGGGCUGUUCGGGAAACCAAAAAUCUUCUUCAACUCAGAGGGCAUACACUCAUCCCCUUUGUUCCUCCUCGGCUUAAUUAUGUGGUUGAUGAGCUCUACACCAAAGGCCUAUUUUCCGAUGGAUGUGCAAAUUUGCUGGACAAGUUCAAAGGAGACAUUGUGGACUCAAAUUUGAAAUCCCAGAUUAAUUGUUAUCGUCUUCCCAUUCUAGUGAAGAGAAUUUUUGCAUUCCUCUUGAAACCUAUAUACCCUCGGAUUGCCAGAGAUCUCAAUGCACUAUGUGGAGUUGGGUCAGCAAAAAACCUAUGGAACCACCAUGUGGCAGCAGCGAUGUAUCGUGAAGAAUUCCUUGCCGAAUGGAGGAAACUGAAACUGGAUGUCAUCCUCUGCCCUGCUUUGGGUCCAGCAUUUAAUCACGGCUAUCCUGGGAAACUAUUUGCUGCUACAUCCUACACCAAUUUAUACAACCUCCUGAACUUUCCUGCUGGAGUUGUGCCAGUCACCACUGUUUCCCAAGCUGAUGAAGAAGAGCUCAAACACUACACAGGGCAUUAUGGUGACCCUUGGGACAAGCGCAUGAAAGAGGCUGUCAGCGAUGCUGUUGGGCUCCCUGUGGCUGUCCAGUGUGUGGCUGUGUGUUGGCAAGAGGAGCUGUGUCUUCGGUUCAUGAAGGAGGUGGAGACUCUUGUUCGUGAGAGGAGAACUCCCAAAUGAUUAUAGCAUCAAUACUAAUGGAACAAUGCAACCUAUCACAGUGAGGGUUAGAACAUCUCCAAGUUCACUUCUGAAAUAUUUUAAAAUGCAGGUUAAGGCGUGGUUAUUUGUGAAAUCCAACAUCCUACUCAGCGGGAGGCUAUUUAUGACUAAGGCCUAGUUCUCACAAACAGCAGAAGUCGUGCUUGCACUGUACUACUUCAAAUUGUACAUGAUCAAAUGUUUCUAUAUUCAGAAUAUACUCUCAUGUAUAGAAUACAGCAACCUCAUACUCUGCAUUAUUCAGGAAUUGUAAGCAACCCAAAAAUCAGUUAAGCUUUCAUAGGUUGAGUCCACCAUCUUGAUUCAAAAUGGCAUAUAAUUGAAAUGAAGCAUAAGCAAAAAUCAGUUACUGAUUUCAGGAACGAUUAUGCACAAUUUGGUUAUGAUAUAUCUUAAGUGUUGUCCAAAUGCCUAGUGAACAAACAACUUCUCAAGUUACAGACUAGCAUAUCAAGGGGAAAGCUAGGCUAGACUCCCACAGAGCAAAUGAGAACUUUUGUUCCUGAGAUUAAUGGCAGCAAGAAAGAUUAUUUUUUAGGGAUGUGCAGGGAAAGAAAAGGUUCUUCUCCUUCACUUGAUGCCCAAUAGUAAGUGGCUUCCCACUGUGUCUACUUUCAAUUAAGGAAAAAAGCUAGAGUUACAUCUUGUUCGGACCUCGUGUUGUGAUUAAAAUGCGUUUUGUAUUCUUUAAACAUGGUUCUAGUAAGACGGCCACCCUAAUAAAGCAGCAGCACCAGG